CCCACAGAGGCUACGUGACUAGUCCAAGGUUGUACAUAUGGAAACAAGUGGAUUGUGACAGCCGCUCACUGCCUGCACUGGCGCCUAGAAUCUGAAUACGCCCCUCUAACCAGCUCUGACCAUCUCCCUCUCUCUGAAUUCACAGUUAUCCUGGGAAAGCACAGAACACAGAUGAAGGAUGACACAGAGCAGCAGCUCCAGGCAAAGAGUAUAACCUUCCAUCCAUCUUACAAGGCCACCACAUUCGAGAAUGACCUCGCUCUAAUCGAGCUGCUGGAAGGGCCAAUGUUGAAUGACUAUGUGAUGCCCAUCUGCCUCCCAGAGGGGCCCCCGCAGGAAGGUACAAUGGUUCUUGUGAGUGGCUGGGGAAAGCAGAUCCAGAAUAGAAUCCCAGAGUCCCUGAUGGAGAUCGAAGUGCCCAUAGUCAACCACGAAGCUUGCCAGAAAGCAUAUGCCAAAAUCAAUCUGAAAGUCACCAGUGACAUGAUUUGCGCUGGAGAAAGGGAUGGAGGGAAAGAUGCUUGUGGUGGGGAUUCUGGAGGCCCUAUGGUGACCCGUAGUGAGGAGCAAUCCCCCUGGUACUUGGUGGGCACUGUGUCCUGGGGGGAUGGCUGUGGCAAGAAAGACAGAUACGGCGUGUACUCCAGCAUCCACGAGAACCAAGCCUGGAUUCAGAAAGUCACUGGAGUUCAGAACUAGACCCCUGCCUGUGGCCACGUGGAGCAAUGGGCACUAGAGGCUGCUUGUCUGACCUCAGGUUGCCCCACCACCCUGUCCAUUCCCUCCUUGGAAGAAGCCAGAAUAGACUGGGCAAUGUUUGCCCCUCUGCCCCAGCUGCUGACCGUGGUCAGCAGUGAAGCAUUGCAGUCUUUGGCACAUGCAUGGAGGGCUGUAUGAUGCCUCUGUGCCCUUCUUUGUCUUUUUCCCCCCACCCUCCUGGCCCCACUUAUGUGCUGUGAGACCUGGCAGCAGUCAACAUCAAAGCUUUAAAAAAGAAAAAAAGUCAAUGGGAUCUGAUAUCCCAGGAUUAAGAAUAUCCUCACCUCAUCCUAGGGGAUAUUUCAGGAACCUUUAUAACCUUACCUGUCUAUCUGUUGCAGCCAAAUAGCCCACAGUAAGCGAAUUAAAUGUAGUUCAAUACCUCCUACAUAUCAGAGCCUGUGCUAGAUGCCAGAGACACAAAGACAAAGCUUCUGCCCUCAGGAAGCUUACUUGCUGGCCAUGCAAGAUCAUCCUGAAUGGAAGCUGUACAAGAGAGGCCUCGGAGCAUCUGAGCAGAAACUCAACCGCUGUGGCUCCCAAUCCUGGCUUUGCCCUACCUGGAAACUUGUCCUCAGAACCAGCUGAUUUACUCCUCUGUGCCUCCCUAGCCAUUCCUGUAAAGGGGGAUGCUUCCACCUACCUCACCGAGCAUCAAACGCCUGCUGUGUUAGAGAGCCACACCAGAUGCCCACAGGAGGGUGGGCCAAGUAGCCUGUUGACACAAUGUUUGGGAAACACAUAAAAUAGUCAAAUGUUCCAGCUCAUUGUUCCAUCUACAGACACAUUGUUCCAUCUCCAGGAGAGGGGAGAUUUAGUCUACUAGGGCCAGCCUAUGAUGGGAAAUAACCCUAAGAUGAGACUGAAGUUCCCCUUAUCCUAAGAGUUGGAACUUCCCAAGACCUACCAAGAGCUGUAGAGUUCACUUUGGAGCCAGAGGAAUGGGGUUCCAAUCCUGGUUCUGCCACUUCUACUCAUGUUGCCUUGCAAAAGUCACUAAACACCCUCCAGGCCUCAGUUUCCUCACUGUAAAAUGAGGGUGUUAGAUCAAAAUUGCUUUAAAUCAUCUCCAGUUCUCCCAAAACUUUCUGACACUGCAGCUUCAGGCAUUUUCUCUCUUCUUCAGUCUGGGAUUCCACACCUCUGUAGUCACUUGAUUUUCCAUCAAUAUGGGCUCAGCCCCCAUGAUCUCCAUUGGGAACCCUGCUUUAUUUUGUCCUGGAUGGCCCUCAAAGGUCCAUCUUGGGAACAUCGUCUUUCCCUCCCCUUCUUUUCCAUUAUUCUCUGGCAUGGAUUUGGAAUGUUCUGGGAUUUCAGAACAAUUGAGACAUAAGGACAAAGGAGCUGUGACAAGGAAGACCAAGGAAGGGGCAGAGCAAAUAUACUAACCUGAGGAGACUGCUUCCCCAUUGGGAGCUCCCUACACCGAUGUAAUCCCAAAUCCAGUCAUCCAAACCAUUAUUCGCCACUCUGGCAUUACCUUUACCUUGUUCUCUCUGAUCUGAAAGUCUCAAGAGAGGACCAGUUCUGAAACAGAUUGAGCUGGGCUCCUGGCCCUUGCAAACCAGGUAUAAAAAAACUCAAAAUUUCACAGCUGCACUCAGACCCGUUGUCAGCUCUCUGUUGCAGAUGCUGUCUCUUCUGUGUCUCCCAGAGCCCAGACUCAUCUUCCAGUCUGGGCCUGUCACCCACUUCUUCCAGAGGCCGGUCUGCAAUUCACUCAGGCACAGUCCUCUAAAGCAGGACUAGACUUGAAACUGACUCAGGGACCGUUCAUGAAUCCCCUCCCCAUUGGCUGGGAUGUGGGGGACCCUCGGGGCCCUCUUGACCAUAUCCCUCCCUUUUCUCUGAGGCAUGGCCUGGCCUGCCCAUGGGAACAACAUUUCUUCUUUGCACACAUGCCCAUGGUCAGGACCAAAGGAUGUAAUGUAAGAAAGGCACUUUGUAACUCUGAAAGCCCCACAAAAAUGUGAGUGAUCCAAUUUUUGGCACAGCUCUUAGCCCAUGGCUGGAGGAUAAACAACAAAUGUUAGAAGCAAAAAUAGUCAGAAGUUCAACAGUAACAGAGGCUGGGUGCUUUCUGAUUGCUCUACAUAAAAUCGUGAUUGAG